CAAUCAGCUGUGCCUCAUCCGUACGUCUUUCAAGGCAGGAUUAUCGUCCUCGCUAGUUUAGACUCCAACAGAAAGAACACUUUUCACUUCCUCUUUAGCGCUUUCUUUCAUGAAUUCUCAACAUAUGAGCCCAGAUCUCCUUGGCGCGCCAGAUCAUUUGUCCCAUGCGGUUACGGAGCGGGCGAAAGAGGCCCAAAAAGGCAACGUGCGAAACAGGCGACGAAAGACAUUCACUGGCUGCUGGACAUGCCGGAGUCGACAUGUCAAAUGCGACGAACAGCGACCGGCCUGCAAGCGAUGUCUCGCUGGAAAAUUCACCUGUCGCGGCUAUGAAGCUCGUCUGACGUGGGUUUCUCAGUCCCACAAAGUGCCGCUCCCGAAAGGCAAUGGUCAAUCCCGUGCGCACCGGCGACAUUCAGACCAAUCUACUAUUAGCACGUCUUCUGAUAGUCUUCAAACUGCGAUUCAUCCGCCUGGCCACGCAUCUGACGCUAUACCUCAAACACGAGGAGCUUUCUCGGUUUUCCGAAGCAACGAGCAAGAUACGGGCCGCGACCCCAGAGAUGAUGGGGGUAACCCUCACUCUUAUAAUAGGGUUGAAAGGCGCCUACGCCGACCCAAUUUUGAGUCCCAGACCCCCUUUAGCACAUCAGGGUUUAGUGACCUAGAGGCCGGUUUGAAUUCACUCGACGAAAUGCCCGCAACUUACGAGGCGCCCAUCGCCACUGGGAACCCUCCCAGACAGAAAUACGACCAGUUCGGAGGGUACGCGACUGAUUUCUCCCUCCCCGGAACCAUUCAAACAGACGCGAGUUCUAAGGACCACAAUUCAGGCGUCUGGUUCGAUGAUUUUGCUUUUUUUGGCUUGGCAGGCGCAGACCAGGAUUGUAUCGCGCCAUCGACUCUACCAACCUCGGAGACAUCGUUUCUUUCGAUGGCUCCGGAUUUCCAAGCCAGCAACCCGAUCUACUCAGCUACUUUCGAUCCGCGCGAUCACCAACUACGGUCACAAGGAAUGGGUCACCUAGCAAGACAUCUCGACUUACUGCCAGCUCCAGCUCAGCACCGACACUUGAUCAACCACUGGGUGACGCACCUUUGUGACAAGCUCAUGCCCGUUCGCAGUACCGUGAACCCUUUCCUAUCCGUCGUCUCACCCAUGGCACUAGAGGGCAGCCGAAUGGCCCGCGACAAGUCCAGCAGCACAGUGGCCCUUUUCCACGCCGUCUGUGCUGUUUCGACCACCCAUCAGGCGAACAUCAGAGGGGGCUCGCCUGAAAAUAGCGCCUUAGCGCUCCAGCACACGCGUCUCAGCUUCUUCCAUCUCAUGCGCAACAUCCACUCUACUGACGCGAAUGAGCGAUUAGCAAGCCUCUCUACUUUAUGUCUAUGGCUGCUCACGCAAUUCAUCAGCGGCACACCUGGAGCGUGGCGAGAAGUGGUAAAAGUAGCUCGCAAUCUGCUCAAGCAGACUGGAAUGGAAACGUGGACUCAGUCCGUCUCGGCUUCGAUCACAUAUCAGUGCUACGCUGCCGUCGUGCCCUUUUUCCAGACCCAGUAUCUCGGCUACCAGGAGUUUCCGGGUCCCAUGAAAAUGGACCUCAUGGGACUAGACGUAAUCAAAAGCCUGGCCAUUCCAUCGCAGUCGCUCGCACUGAUCUCCUCAUUCAACAUGAGGCUUUUGCAGGGCGAUGUGAUGGGCUCCGCGGAACUGGAUCGGCUCGAGAUUGAGUUCGUCCUAUCUACGCCGUCACUAACGAGCGAGCUCAACACAGACAACGAGGACCAUGCAAUGGUAUACCACCAAAGCUGGCUGUUUUACCAUGCGUGUCUGCUCUAUUUCAGGUGCAACGCGGGCCGAAGGGAGCCGGAAAAUGAAAUUCAGGACUUGGUGAGAAAGUGCGUGGAGCACAUCGAACAUCUAGACGUGCUUCAAAUGGGCGGAAAUCCCAGGACCUGGAUACACGCGACCGUUGCCUUCGAGGCUGGCACUUCGGAAUUGCGUAAUAGGGUGAGGGCUUCUUUCGCUCGGCGCAAGAACUUGGCGUUUGCGUCUUGGGAUACGCUCCUUCUCGCGGCCGAGGAGGUGUGGAAGAUACGGGAUGGAACGCUGCCGGGGCGCAAGCCAGAGCCUUGGCCCCGGAUUCUUGCGAAGUUGCCUCAAUUUGAUGUACCUUGGUAUUGAAUCUGAAGACUUCGAGGUUGAACACUUUGUCAUUAUUCAUGAGCCUAACACCUGACACAUGAUUCCUGAUGGACUUGCCAAGAGUUCGUAAGACAGAUCGGGUUGAACAUGAUUUUGUAUUGAGGUAAAUUAUUAGGUA